UUCUAAUGUGAGUGUUGAAGUUGCGCCCUGACUCGCUCUCUCGUCUCACAAGAAGGUUAAGGCCGUGUUUGGUCGCGCGUUUUCUGUGAAAGAAGAAAUGGACGACGAUGGCUCCAACUCGAUCCGCCGCAUGUCGAGCCGAACGCGAAAAGUUGCGUCGAAAAUGGCCGCCGCACUUGCCAGCUCCGACAACCGCACCCAGGCGGCACUUGCGCGAUUGGAUGCUUUGGAGAAUGACAAUGCGGGUUUUGAAAUCGCAGAUGCCAAUAACGACGACGACGAUGCUUCUCUUGAUGACGAGGAUCAAGUUUAUAUACAGAAAAAGCAGUCUAAAGGCACCAAAAGGAAAACCAGGCAGGCAAAAGCACUUGAAGCUAGAAGAGCCCCAAGAACAUUCCUUGAGCUCUUACAUGAGGCCAACUUAGAAUCAUUGCCUCCUCAUGUGCCCUCCUAUUGGAAAGCUGCAGUUGGACCUCCAAGCUCAACCUCCCGCCGCCACUUCUGUACUGUUUGUGGUUUUUCUGCCAAUUACACUUGCGUGAGAUGUGGUGUGCGGUUUUGUUCCUAUAGAUGCCAAAAUGUUCACAAUGAUACCCGUUGCUUGAAAUUUGUAGCCUGAUUCAUAGCCCACGAAAUGUGCACAAGAAUAGUAUUGGACACAUACUAUUGUAACCAGUCAUAUAUCAUCAUUUACUAACAUUGUAAAGGCAAAUUCUUUGUUCAAUUUUCCCUCUUUAGUUCUCUUUCUUAGACUAGAGUUUUAGUUAUUCAGUUGCAAGGUGCUAGCUGAAAACUGUACAUUCUGACCCCUAUUGGAUCCUGUUGAUCUAAGCAAGUAACCUCGUUAAAAAUGUCCUUAGAUAAUAGCUGCAUUAACUGAAGCUAUUGUUUAGAAGAUCAUCUUUAUCAAGCCACAAGGACUAUUAUAUUUUUUA